GUGGCCGUAGCGCGCAGGCGUCCUAGUGGCGGGUGUCUGCGUCUCAGGAUGGAGGGUCUUGCCAUUCAUCUGAAGAACAGAGGUGCAUUAUAAAGUGCAGCAUUUCCUGCUGCACUCCGUGAGGAAAAUGGAUAUAGCAAGUCCCCCAACUUCCAAAUGCAUCACAUACUGGAAAAGAAAAGUGAAAUCUGAGUACAUGCGGCUUCGGCAGCUCAAACGGCUCCAGGCAAAUAUGGGAGCAAAGGCUCUGUAUGUGGCAAAUUUUGCAAAGGUUCAAGAAAAAACCCAAAUCCUCAAUGAAGAAUGGAAGAGACUUCGUGUCCAGCCUGUUCAGCCGAUGAAGCCUGUGAGUGGGCACCCUUUUCUGAAAAAGUGUACCAUAGAGAGCAUUUUCCCAGGGUUUGACAGCCAGGACAUGCUGAUGAGGUCUCUGAACACUGUUGCAUUGGUUCCCAUCAUGUAUUCCUGGUCCCCUCUCCAGCAGAACUUCAUGGUGGAGGAUGAGACGGUUUUGUGCAAUAUUCCCUACAUGGGUGACGAAGUGAAGGAAGAAGAUGAAACUUUCAUCGAGGAGCUGAUCAAUAACUAUGAUGGCAAAGUCCAUGGUGAAGAAGAGAUGAUCCCUGGAUCUGUGCUGAUCAGUGAUGCUGUGUUUCUGGAGUUGGUCGAUGCCCUCAAUCAGUACUCAGAUGAGGAGGAGGAAGGGCACAACGACACCUCUGAUGGAAAACAGGAUGACAGCAAAGAGGACUUGCCGGUAACAAGAAAGCGGAAACGCCAUGCUAUCGAAGGCAACAAAAAGAGUUCCAAGAAGCAGUUUCCAAACGACAUGAUCUUCAGCGCCAUUGCUUCCAUGUUUCCUGAGAAUGGUGUCCCUGAUGACAUGAAGGAGAGGUAUCGAGAGCUGACAGAGAUGUCGGACCCCAAUGCACUUCCCCCUCAGUGCACACCCAACAUUGAUGGCCCCAAUGCCAAGUCAGUGCAGCGGGAGCAGUCUCUGCACUCUUUCCACACCCUUUUCUGCAGGCGCUGUUUUAAAUAUGACUGCUUCCUUCACCCUUUCCAUGCCACCCCUAAUGUAUAUAAACGCAAGAACAAGGAAAUCAAGAUUGAGCCAGAACCAUGUGGCACAGACUGCUUCCUUUUGCUGGAAGGAGCAAAGGAGUAUGCCAUGCUGCAUAACCCUCGGUCCAAGUGCUCUGGGCGCCGCCGCCGAAGGCACCCAGUGGUCAGUGCUUCCUGUUCCAAUACAUCAGCCUCUGCUAUAGCUGAGACUAAAGAAGGAGACAGUGAUAGAGACACUGGCAAUGACUGGGCCUCCAGUUCUUCAGAGGCUAACUCUCGCUGUCAGACCCCCACGAAGCAGAAAGCUAGUCCAGCCCCACCUCAGCUCUGUGUUGUGGAAGCCCCCUCAGAGCCUGUGGAAUGGACUGGAGCUGAAGAAUCUCUUUUCCGAGUCUUCCAUGGCACCUACUUCAACAACUUCUGCUCAAUAGCCAGGCUUCUGGGGACAAAGACAUGCAAACAGGUCUUUCAGUUUGCAGUCAAAGAAUCACUUAUCCUGAAGCUGCCAACGGAUGAGCUCAUGAACCCUGCACAGAAGAAGAAAAGAAAACACAGGUUGUGGGCCGCACACUGCAGGAAAAUCCAGUUAAAGAAAGAUAACAAUUCUACACAAGUGUAUAACUACCAACCCUGUGACCACCCGGACCGUCCCUGUGACAGCACAUGCCCCUGCAUCAUGACCCAGAACUUUUGUGAAAAGUUCUGUCAGUGCAGCCCAGACUGCCAGAACCGUUUUCCUGGUUGUCGCUGUAAGACUCAGUGCAAUACCAAGCAAUGUCCAUGCUAUUUGGCAGUUCGUGAGUGUGACCCUGACUUGUGCCUCACCUGUGGGGCCUCAGAGCAUUGGGACUGUAAGGUGGUGUCUUGCAAAAACUGCAGCAUCCAGCGUGGCCUCAAAAAGCACCUGCUGCUGGCCCCUUCCGAUGUGGCCGGAUGGGGUACCUUCAUCAAGGAGUCUGUGCAGAAGAAUGAAUUCAUUUCUGAAUAUUGUGGUGAGCUCAUCUCUCAGGAUGAGGCUGAUCGACGAGGGAAAGUCUAUGAUAAAUAUAUGUCCAGCUUCCUCUUCAACCUCAACAAUGAUUUUGUAGUGGAUGCUACCCGGAAAGGAAACAAAAUUCGCUUUGCAAACCAUUCAGUGAACCCCAACUGUUAUGCUAAAGUGGUCAUGGUGAAUGGAGACCACCGCAUUGGGAUCUUUGCCAAGAGAGCAAUUCAGGCUGGUGAAGAACUCUUCUUCGAUUAUAGGUACAGCCAAGCUGAUGCCCUCAAGUAUGUGGGCAUUGAGAGGGAAACGGACGUCUUCUAGCCCUCUGGGCCCCGUGCCAGUGCUGUGGUGGCAGCACUGUCAUGGCUUCAGGCAUACACCACUGCUGCUCCAGCUCCUGCAAUGUCUUCCAUGCUGAGAAACCCCACCCACUCCUGCAUAACUAGGCCUCCACUCUAUUCCAAGGGGACACACUGCCUCAGUGAGAGGGGAAACAGAGGCGGUGAAGACCUGCUCUCCCAGGAGAGUUCAGAUGUGAGAAGCUGCACUUCCAUGUCAGAGGAGGAGGUUGUGGGCUUGGGAUGAUAUCAGUGCUUGAUUUUUUUUUCCUCAGCUCUCAAGCUGUGGGCCCUCAGGAAUCUACAGUGCUACCAUUUUAGCUUUCUCAAUCAAGAGUUCUUAUGUCAUUGGCUGUCAGGCAUUGCUAAGUGAAACCAGGUCCCUGGAGCCUACAGGUGCUCAGGGUUAAAGGUGAGCCUGACAGGCAUUGCAGACAGAACUCAGAGGGGAUGUGUCUCCAUGACAUCAAAGCAGGAAUUUAAGGAUACAGGAGGGAAAGCUAAGUUUCUCUAUCCUCCGGACAUAGGGAAGCCAGCUAGACCCUGGGAAAAGACCUAUAGAUUAUGGGGGUUGUAGGGCGUUUUCAGGCUCCCAGGAAUAUGUGCCAGUGACUAGACUCCUUCCAAAGUUCUGGUUCAGUGGCAGCAUGGCAUGCCUAAGGUGGGUGAGCAUGGGCUGAGCAUGGUUGGGAGUGAGUACUCUGGGCCAGUGAAGCUGCAGGUGUCCUCAGGCCCUCCUUCCUCAGAGGCUUAUCCAUGGAGCAGCUUUGCUUCUUUCUUCAGGGUAGCUGGCUCUAAUCUAGACUAGAGGGAGAUGUUACUGGUCUGCUUUAUUCCCUAUCUGUAGUACCUGCUGUUGAUUUGUUUUUACGGGUGGGUGAGGGUUGCCAUUGCACGUUUAGGAGGGUGUCACAGUGCAGGGUAGACUGGCAGGCAGACCACCAUUCUCUGGGAUUCAUGUUCUGAGAACAGGGCAUGUUCUGGGAAGGUCUCGGGCAGACACAGCUGCCCUAGCUAGUGGUAGAAUGGGGGACAGGCUUCUUGCUUCCCAGAGAACCAGAGCUCCUGUGGUCUUUGCUAAUGAUUCCCUUCUUCCACCAAAGAAACCAGGCUCUCUUCCACCACAUCUUAGAGAUUUGCAUGGGACAUGUAUGCUUGUGCACAUACACACUCCUUCACUAUGCUGGUAGAUCCAUGUGUACCUCACACUCAGUACACACCCCACAGCUCCUGCCAGUAGCCUUUCCCCACACACCAGUUGAUAGAGUCUCCACCACGGUUCUGAAAUUGACAUCUGCCAGUGGUUUGUGUCUAUUAUAUGUAUCAGGGAUACCCUCAAGCCUAACUAUAGGCGGUAAAUUACUUAUUCUCUGGGAAGCCAGAGACAGGUGGAGGAGCGACUGGUCAUGAGAAUGCUUUAAAACGUGUUAGCUCUAGACUGACCUCCGCAAGCAUCACUGGCAGCCCCUCCUUCCGCAGUUCAGGCCAAUAAUACUCAUGCUCCUCCAGCUGCUCGUUCUUGGUUCCUGCUGUCCUCUAUUUUUAAUGACGGGUUUCACCCCUCCUCUCCACUUCUGCCCCACAUCAUAUAAAAUGAUAAAGUGAGGUGCUGUGGACUGGUGGGGAACUGGCGUCCGUGUGGCUUUAUUGCCAGUGAAUUUCUUGCACUUUAAAGUCCUGUGGCUUGUGACCUCUUAUCUAAUAAAGUGUUAGAGUCCA